CGGCUCUCAGGCUGGUGGCCCCAUCCUCAGGGAUGUGGAAAUGAGCUCAGGCUUGGUGACGGGACCAGCGUGCGCUCAGUGCCACCACCCGCCGGUGCCCAGCACUGGCGGCUGCCCAGCUGUCCCCGCGUCCCGGAGCUGAGGUCACCCCCCCAGCCCCACGCCCUCUGCGGCGCUCGGCCCCCGCUCCCACCCCGCAGCCGAGGCAGAAGAGCCGCGGCCCCGCUGCAGGAGGAGUGAGGCCGAUCCCUGGGCAUCCUUCCAGCGUCAUGACUCUCCAGGCUGACUUUGAGAGUGCUGCAGAAGAUGUAAAAAAACUGAAAACAAGACCAAGUGAUGAAGAGCUGAAGGAACUGUAUGGGCUCUACAAACAGGCCACUGUUGGAGACAUUAAUAUUGGUACUGGAGACAUUAAUAUUGAGUGUCCAGGCAUGCUGGAUGUGAAAGGCAAAGCCAAGUGGGAGGCCUGGAACCAGAAGAAAGGUCUGUCCCAGGAGGAUGCCAUGAGUGCCUACAUCUCUAAAGCAAAAGCCAUGGUAGAAAAAUAUGGGAUCUAGAAUCCUGAGCAGAAUUCCCACUAAUACCUAACUCCUGAGCAGCUAAUGAGCUAACUGUGGAGACAAAGCCAGCACUAACUCCUCACUGUGCAGCCUGGCAGCAAAAGCUGUCUGGAAGGGCCAUUCACACACAUGCUCCAUCCUUAGAUUGUGUCCUGCCCUGAAUAAACCUGAAGCUAGUGAAGCUUUCUGGAAGGACUGUGGCUU